AUGAAGAUCCUUUCCUUGCUGUUGGCGGCAUUGCCCUUGGCAUCAUUUGGCACAGCUAAGGACACGAGAUAUAUGUUCACAUUUGGCGAUUCAUACACGAAAACGGAGUUCAACAUCAAUGGUGCCAAGCCCAACGCAAACAACAUCAUAGGAAAUCCCAAUUUCCCAGGAUCUACGUCCUCAGGAGGCCACAACUGGCUCGGGUGGCUUAUUACCCAGUUCAACAAGAAGAAUACAGUCACAUAUGCAUAUAACUUUGCAGAUGGUGGCGCGGUUGUCGAUUCCAGCAUCAUAACUCCCUUCAGGUCGGAUGUGCGAACCUUCACAGAUCAAAUCCAGAGCUUCAAAAAGCACCUCGCAAGUAAGCCUAGCUGGGCCCCAUGGAAUGCAGACAACUCUCUUGUUGGUGUUUGGCUUGGAAUCAACGAUAUUGGACGCUCCUACACUCUGGACAACGCCACUGCAGUUAUCAGGGAGUCAGUUGACAUGUACUUUGAACAUCUUGAGUACCUCUACAGCGCGGGUAUUCGUAAUUUCUUCCUGCUCUCAGUUCCGCCAACCGACAAGACACCCAAGCUGAUGGGGCUCAAGAAUAAGCCGACAGACAACAUACGCUGGUAUAACAACCACUUAGCUGAACACUUGGCCAAGUUCAAGGCUGCCCACAACGACAUCGAGGCCGUCUUGAUAGAUACCCACAAACCCUUCAACAAGGCAAUAGAUGCGCCAAAGAAUUACGGCGCACCCGACGCUAAGUGCUACAAGUCUGAUGGUAAAUCAUGUCUCUGGUAUAAUAACUACCACCCCGGCAUCGCGAUUCAUAAGCUUGUUGCCGCAGACGUCGGUGUGGCAUUAGGUGCCAACCAUCUAUGGUAA